AUGUUGCGCAAACGGGCGACAGAGGCUCUGCCUUGGUCGUCUUCUCAACCCGUAGGACUCGGGGCGACGUUGCGCGCGAGGGCCAUCGAGGCCUUCAAGGCCGCGAAGCCGGUGCUCCUGCGGGCCCUUGAACAGGCCCAGCGCUGGGCUGCAAAGAACAAGGGCAAGGCGUGCCUUGCCGCCCUUGCAGCAGCUGCCUUCUGUCUCAACUUCAAAAGAUUGCCCUUCGUCUGGCACUUGCGUGUCUUCUACAACAUUUGGUUCCCGAGAAAGCGUUACUUUGACUCCCGGCCAGGCUCCAUUUUCAGGCCGGUUGUCACUCCUUCUCGUGUGGCCCUGCUUGAGACCGACUACAACUUGCAUAAGUCUAACAGCACCUACUUCUCUGACCUUGAUGUUGCCAGAACGGAUCUCCUUGCCGCCCUGCGGUCUCAGGCCAUCCGCGGCGGACUGUACAAGGAGUACAAGGAGGGCGUCCAAGUGCUUCUCGCCGGCACCUCUUGCAACUUCAAGAAGGAAAUCAAGAUCGGUGUAGCUUUCGACAUGCACAGCAGAAUUCUCUCCUGGGACCGCAAGUGGAUUUACGUCAUUACUCACUUUGCCGAGAAGCGAAAGAAGUCAGUGAACGGCAAGGCCCCUUCUCGUUCGCCCAGCGUCUAUGCGACAGCGAUCUCGAAGUGUGUCGUCAAGGCCGGCCGCCUGACGGUGCCGCCAGAGAAGUUCUUCCAGGCAGCGGGAGUACUCCGCACUGAGGUCCCCAACUUGAACUGGGUCGACGGAAACACUUCCUCCGAGUCGUUGAGCAAGUCCAAGAAGGAAAAGAAGUCAAAAGACAAGGACUCUAAGAAGAGGGACAAGGGAGAGAAGUCCUCCAGGAGACACGGAGAUUCCACCUCGUCACUGCCUACGGUCCCGGCCCCGCCCCCGCCGGUGGCCGGCGGCGGAUGGACAUGGGAACGUGUGGAGGAGGAGCGCGCCCGGGCCUUGAAGGUCGCCGAGGGCUUCGCGAACGGAUUGGAUGCAGCUCACGAAGAAUUCCGCAUUUUGGGAUGA